AUGAAUAUGUUGGAUGAUGAAGAUGACCAAAGCUUUCACGCUACGCGUGACGGCUACUCCCAUUUGAGCGAUGUCGAAUGGGAUGCGGUUGAACGAAUGGGUUCGCCCAUGGGCAUCCAUGCUGUUAGCGUCAUGCUAGAGGCUCUCAAUAGAGAUGCCCAACAUGCUACUAUCGCCAAGUUCAUUCAAAAUGAACUUGACGCAGAACGCGAGAAAGUAGCCUUGCUUCACCAACAAGGUUCUCAACAAGCAGAGUUGUUGAGAGAACAAGGUGCUCAACAGUUUGAACUGUUGAGACAGCAGCAGGCUGCUGCUGGCGGGUCGAUGCACUCGCGUCGGCCCGAGACUUUGAAGAUUGACAUCUCAAAGGCGCGUCGCAUCGACGACGGGGAUAUGCAAGUUGCAUGUGCCCAGUCAAAUCUGGCAGGACGUGCCAAGACUUGGGCACUGGGGCUCAAGCUGCACGACCCAUAUGCGUUUGGGUCGUUGGAAGUCUUCAAGUCGCGGCUCAGACAAACGUUUGAACCGCCUAGAGCUGAGUUCAGAGCUCGAACCGAACUCUUGAAGCUCAAGCAGGGUAAGCGUGAUGUGCACGCUUACGCUCAACAUAUACACCCCAAACUUAUUACAAUCUUUAUUAGUUCUUCGCGGGCCGUGCCCCUCGUCCAGUGUCUCGCGACACUGGGCGUAGUGACCGUCCACCCAUGA